CCUAGUCGUCCCUCCUUUAUAAACAACUUUAUAAAAAAAAUUUCGGUUGUAUACCGAGUGUUGUGGUGAAACGCUCAUCUUCUGCAUUUGCAAAGUAAAGCAACGAAGUAGUACACCAUGGUGGCCGCCAAGAAGACCAAGAAGACUCAUGAGAGCAUCAACAACAGGUUGGCGCUCGUCAUGAAGAGUGGCAAAUACACUUUGGGCUACAAGACGGUCCUGAAAUCCCUUAGAAAUUCCAAAGGUAAGUUGGUCAUCAUUGCCAACAAUUGCCCACCUCUUAGGAAGUCUGAAAUAGAGUAUUACGCUAUGUUGGCGAAGGUUGGAGUUCACCACUACAAUGGCAACAAUGUGGACUUGGGGACUGCAUGUGGAAAAUAUUACAGAGUUUGCUGCCUCAGCAUUAUUGAUGCAGGUGACUCCGAUAUCAUCAAGAGCAUGCCUGGUGAUCACUGAUGAGAAUAGCAAAAUCUUUCUAGGAAUCUUUUUCUCAAAUUUAUAUUAGGUUGUAACCUUUGAUUUUGUUAAUUAGAGCUAUAUGAUCUGGAACUUGGAAGCCUGCUUUAUAACCUUUUUAGAUGGAGACGCAAUUUCAUGUGCUAUGUACUAGAAUGUUUGAGAGUAAGUUUCAUUUUUUUUUUUUAAUAUAUUCUUUGCUAUAA